AAAUAGGAUGGAGACCGUGCUAGAUCCGUUUUCAGGCUUGGACUCUUUCUCCUCGGCGUAUUUCGACGACGAUGCUUUCUUCACCGAGCGAUGCUCACGCGAUCACAUGGAAGCAGACGACUUCUUGGACGACGACGUCGACUUCUUCGCGAGCCAAAUCCAAGAGUACUACGAGGACUGCCGUGCGCGCGAUGACGACUACGGAUGCGACAUGGGUCGCUUCUCUUCCUCCUCUUCAUCUUCUUCCUCGUCGUACGAUGUGUCUGGUUUUUCCCCGCGGCGAGGUGACGGUGCGCUGCAGCUGAAGAGGCGCAGAAGAGCGCGGUCAGAACAGGAGAUGCAGCAGCUGCGCCAGGCCGCCAACGUGCGCGAACGCAGACGCAUGCAGUCCAUCAAUGAUGCGUUUGAAGGUCUGCGCUCGCACAUCCCCACCCUGCCUUAUGAGAAACGUCUUUCCAAAGUAGACACGCUACGUCUCGCCAUCGGCUACAUUAACUUCUUGGCUGAACUCGUGCAGUCCGACGCGCCCAUACGGAACUCCAAUCAAGAAGCUCUAAACCAGCCCAAAAAAGUCAUUAUCUGCCACAGAGGAACAAGAUCUCCUUCUCCUGAUGACCCAGAUUACGGCCUGCCCCCUCUGGCCGGUCACUCUUUGUCCUGGACGGAUGAGAAGCAGCUCCGGGAACAGAACAUCAUCCGCAGGGCGAAGGUCUGGACCCCGGAGGACCCCCGCAAAGUGCACUUCAAAUCCGCGCUCACUAACAUCGAGAACGAGCCUCCGUUUGAGCUAGCUGCGUAAAUCCCGUUAUUUACUCGGUGCACGGACUGUGUGGGAUUCUCCACUGUGUUUAUAUUACUAUGUAAAUAUUUAUUAUUAUUAUUAUUAUUAUUAUUAUUAUUAUUAUUAUUAUUAUUAUUAUUAUUUCAGCUGUCCAGUCUGAAAUUGAACUUAGAGCCUCUGGCAAUCACUGUGUAGUUCGUCGCUAUUUAAUUGUUGAUUAAUUGAAUUUUCUGAUAAUAUAUUUUUUAUAAUUUAACGUUGAUUUCUACGGAUGUCCAACGAGACAGAACCUAUUUUUUAUAAAAAUGAAACGUACCGUGUCUCAUAUGGUCUAUAUUUAUAAUGAUGAGGAUGAUGAUGAUGAUGAUGAUGAUGAUUCAAUAAAUUCACCUAUUGAUUCAUACAA